CUGAAUAAGCAGUCAGCACGAUCAGACGACUUUCUAUUGUCCAAUAACAAAUACUAGAUAUAGGUGAAAUUAUCUAAGGUGGACUGUCAAAGUCAAUUUCCUGCAGUUAUAAUAACUGCAUGCCAAUUGGCGUUUAUAAAUCGCGUCGGGUUUUUGUAGGAAUAAAUUUACGAUUCUCUUUAGACAGAUGCAAAUAAACCUUGAACGUUAUCGUUCCAUGGCAUCUCUGUCUAUAUAUUCGGUCAUUUUCACCUGAAUAACUGUUCGACUCUCGUCAAGUAAAUACUCGUCUUAAAACAUCGUGUCGUCGCGUGAGAACGUCAAAGGUCUUGACGCGUUAACCGAUCACUUUACGAUCUUAUUGGGACUCUGCAACAAAUUUACUUACAAUAGUAAUACAUAUUUACCGCUACAAUGGAAAUGAGGAAAAGAAAGUUGGAAGCACAAGAUGGGAGCUCGAAUAAUCAUUACACGGCACCGCGCGCGACGAAAACCAUGAACCGCCCAAAUAGGACUAACAUAAUAAUGAUAAUUAUAAUUGGAAUAGCUGUUCUGGUUUAUAUAGGGAUAUCCAUGGGAUUAAAACCAGUUAGGAUGGGCAGUAAAGCUUUAGAUCGUUUAGCGUUUUCGCUUAAUCUUCAGAAACCGUUUUACGCGGUGAUUAUCGAUGCAGGUUCAACCGGAAGCCGUGUACUGGCUUUUAGUUUCCACGAAUCGAUAAUAAAUUCAAAUUUAAUUCUGGACGAUGAAUUAUUUGAGCAGAUAAAACCAGGGCUGAGUUCUUUUGCCGAUAAUCCAGCAAAAGGUGCUGAAUCUCUGGAAAUUUUAAUAAACAAAGCCAAAACUGUUAUACCAAAAUCAGAAUGGCAACAUACUCCCCUAAGUAUGAAAGCAACGGCUGGUUUAAGGCUAUUACCAAAAGAAAAGGCCAACAAAUUGCUCGAAGAAUGUGAAAAGGUGUUUCAAAAUUCAGGUUUCUUAACUUCUAAAAACUCAGUAUCCAUAAUGGACGGUACUGAUGAAGGAAUAUUUUCCUGGUUCACAGUCAAUUUUUUACUAGAUCGUCUAACGCCACAAAGUCAUGAAAACACAGUAGCAGCAUUAGAUUUGGGUGGUGGGUCCACACAAGUAACUUUUGCACCUGAUAGCAAUCAUAUUAAAGAUCAAGAAAAGCAUAUAUUUUCCAUCAAUGCCUUCAACAAUAAUAUAAGCAUUUAUACUCAUAGCUAUUUAGGCAUGGGGCUUAUGGCAGCUAGGAAAGCAAUUUUAACAUAUGGCCAGAAUCUAGAAAUAGAGGAAAACACCCCUUCUGCAGGAUCUAAAGUAGAGAUACGUUCGGAAUGUAUUAAUCCUAUAAUAUCCACUGACUGGAGUUACGGCGGAGUAAAUUACGUAGUUAAAGGUCCACUCAAUGGAACCCAUAAAGUUGUAAAGACCCAAAACUUUGGUGGGGUCGACGAGGACAGACCAGUUGUCAGAUUCGCGGAAUGUUUGCAAAUUGUCAGGAAUUAUGUUGGCACGAUUGUCAACAAACCACUGGGAUUAGAGAACCGAGAAAUUAUGGCAUUCUCGUAUUACUUUGAUCGAGCCACGGAAGUGGGACUCAUUGACCCGUUUGCUGGCGGAGUUGUUACAGUUGGUACUUUCUUGAAACAAGCCACUGAAAGCUGCGACUAUCCGAAUACCGACCAACCAUUCAUAUGCUUGGACUUGACAUUCAUUUAUGUCUUACUUCGAGAUGGCUUUGAUUUACAACCAGCAACUAAAUUACAAUUGUACAAAAAAAUUAAUUCUCACGAAUUGAGCUGGGCUCUCGGGGCAGCUUUCAACAUUUUGCAGAAUGGGCUCUGACGUGUCUACAUAUUAGAUGAAAAAUUUGUAUAGCAAAAAAUUCUGCAACGUGUCAAUAGUAUGUGAUAUGCUGGUACUCCAGGAGAGAACUAUCAUGGUAGAUUUUAAGUAAGUCAAAAAUUUAAAUGUAACUUUUUGUUACAAUACACCAUUCGUAACUUUUAUAAUGAGAAAGGAAUGGUACGAUUCGUGAUCUAUGAAAUUAAAGCACAUGUUGAAACAAAAAAUCAAUAUAAGUAGCACAAAGAUUAAUUUUAAUGAUAUUUUCAACAAGACUACUGCAGUUAUAGAUAAACUCAAUUUUGUAAAUAUGACGAUUAAUAUAUUUGAAAUCAUAUACUGACAUAUACUAUACGUAUAAAUAUAAUUAUGUGGACAACAUGCAUCGAUUCCCAGUGCCUUUUUGAAAAAAAUAUCAUUACAUUUUAACACAUAUUCCAUUUACCUAUGAAAUUUUAAAAAAGGUUAUAGUAUAGGAUAUAGACAAAGCAUUUUUAUGAUUGUUGACCACAUUUCGAAUGGUCGUUACUUAUGUUCCAGUUAAGUAAUAGAAACUAUAGAAGAAAAUAUGCAACAUAAGUAAACUGUUAUUACAUUGAUCAUCGGUAUGUACGAAGUCUUGGAAAAGUGAAAUUAUCUAUGUUAAUGUAUUAUGUAAAACAUUACUACUUCCUGAUUGUUUGUAUUAAAAAAGUAAUAAUAAAAAGUUACCAAAUUUGUACAGGCAAA